GUGUCUGUGUGUGUUUUUGUGAUCAUUCGUUCAGUCUGUCAUUCUGUCGUUAGUUUAUUUUCGUCAAAUCCGCAUUUUAUUUAAUUUUUGUGCAAAAAAACUGUAGGGCCCUUCAAAAUUCAUAGUGUCCCUCACUCGACUGUGAUUUAAUUCAUCAAACCCUGUUAGUCUCACGAUAAAGAGACAAAAACUACGAUGACAGAAUUCGACGCAUAAAAAUCCUUUGUGUGAACUUGAAAAAUAAUAAACACGCACUUUGUAGUAACGAAAGUUAUUUUUUACGUAUUUGGAUCACAUUCAAGAAUGCGUAGGUAGCAUUAGGUGUUUCAGGAGCGUAUAUAUGUGGGGGGGAAAGUGUGUGAGGGUUCUAAAAUGGCAAAUUUUAGUAGAAGAGGGGCAUCCUACAGUGCUCUGAACAAUGAGGAGACUCCCCCGCUGGGGCACCUGCGGGACAGCAUCAACGCAGCACCCACCAUCAUCACCCUGGACCAGGACAACGAAGACUCCAAUGUUGUCAUACACAAAGUUCCACAAACCAAAGGUGGCUGGACCCACAUUGAAGACCUGGACUCAUUCUUCACCAGAAUGUAUAGGUAUUACCUCCGCGGAGGGUUCUACCCAAUGAUCAUAUCCGACUGUUUCUACCUGCUGCAACUGGUGUUCAUAAUGUGGUUCUCCACAUUCCUGAUUCACUGUGUGAACUACCCAAAGCUGUUCAGGGACGACCCUGCGGCCAACAGAAGCGUGAAGCUAACUCUUCAUGAUGUUAUAUACCCCAGUGGGGUUUGUGUAGCCAGAAUUUCAUGGAUGUGGUGGUGUGUGAUAGCGCUGUGUUCAGUUAUAUGGACAAUGAGACUUUUUAUAUCAAUAUACCACUUAUACUACGCUUACGACACAAAACUGUUUUACAACCAUGCACUCAAAAUUAAUGAUAACGAUUUACCGUGGGUGAACUGGUCCACGAUACAAGACAGAGUGAGAGAAGCGCAGCUGGAACAUCACAUGUGCGUGCAUAAGAGAGAGAUAAACGAACUGGACAUCUACCACCGAAUACUCAGGUUCAACAACUACAUGGUGGCGAUGGUGAACAAGAACCUGCUGCCGCUGCAGGUGCGGGUCCCGCUGCUGGGCGACUUCCACUACUUGUCCAAGGGGCUCAAGUACAACCUGGAGUUCCUGCUCUUUUCUAGUCCAUGGAGUCCUUGGGAGAACUGCUGGCAGCUCCGAGAUUGCUACAAGGAACAAUCAAAACGCAUGGCAUUAGCCAAGCAACUGGAGAGACAGAUCAUGAUGCUGGCCAUAGUCAACCUGUUGCUGGCGCCGCUGAUACAGGCCUGGCAGAUGCUGUAUUUCUUCUUCAAUUAUGCUGAGCUAAUAAAGCGGUCCCCCGCGUCGCUCGGCCUCCGGACCUGGUCACUGUUCGCGCGGAUCACGCUGAGACACUUCAAUGAACUGGAUCACGAGCUAAGAGACCGACUCACGAGGGCACACAAGCCGUCGGCCAAGUAUCUGGCGAGUUUUUCGUCGCCCAUCAUGAGUGUUUUUGCCAAAAACGUGGCCUUCAUCUCAGCGAGCGUGGUCGGCGUGCUGGUGGCUCUAUCCGUGUACGACGAGGACGUGCUGACCGUGGAGCACGUGCUGUCCAUCAUCACGGUGUGCGGCUGCGUCCUCGCCGGCGCCAGAGCGUUAAUCGGCACACCGGAACAAGGCACAGUCGCGGGCACGGCACGCGGCGAAGAGCUUCUAGUGCAGGUGCUAGGCCACGUGCACUACCUGCCGGCGGGCUGGCUGCCGCGAGCGCACACGCGGGACGUCGCCGCGCACUUCCGACAGCUGUUCCAGUUCCGAGCCGUGUACAUUCUAUUCGAGCUACUCAGUCCGGUGCUAUGUCCCCUAGUGCUGUUCUCACUCAAGUCCCGAGCCCUGGACAUAGUCGACUUCUACAGAAACUUCACCGUGAGGGUGUUGGGCAUCGGGGAUGUUUGCUCAUUCGCUCAGCUUGACAUUCGAAAACACGGCAACCCCGACUGGCAGACUGUUGGGAAAAUGCCUAAAUUGUCCCUCCCCCAAUACUCGCAAGGCGAGGGCGGCAAGACCGAGCUGUCCCUCAUCGCGUUCUCGUGCCGGCACCCGGGCUGGGCGCCGCCCGCCCCGCAGCGCGCCUUCCUGCAGUCCGUGCGCCGCAGCCUGCACCAGCAGCUCGCGCCGCACACGCAACAGAACAAGACCAUGCUGGGCUCGUUCCUGCAGCAGAGCAUAUUCGGCGCCAACACGCCCAUGCCGGCCGUGCUGUCCUUCUACCAGCAGCGGCAGCAGCCCUUCCGGUUACCUGACAUGGACGAAUCCGACGGCGACGGUGCCUACGACAAGUCUACCAACGAGGAGGGGUCCAUGGGAGCCAGCGCCAUGGGGCUCGCCCCCCUCCUGCCCCCGCUGCCUGAGGGGGAGGCCGACGAUGUGAGGGAGAUGUCGGCUAGCACACUGCAUCUGUACGACUUGAAGCGGCAGCCGGGUGCUGAAAGCUCGUGCUGUCCAGAUCAGUGCGCCACCCGCAGCCAGCCCGAGCGGUGGGAGAGCGGCGAGCACACGCCGCUGCUGCGCCCCUAACACCCAGUGUGGGUGUAAGCCUUGCGCGAUUGACGGUUCGCACUUGUAGUGGUCGCACUUUAUGAGUGGGAAUGGGGUAGGGAUUGUGUCGGAAAUUGUGGUAAAAACGUGUGGGUUUUUG